AUGCAUUCAAUAAAAAAUGAAGAAGUCGAAAGAUCAAUCAACGAGUUGAAAGCUCAAAUGGACAGCGCUCACAAAGCUCAAACCGAUUUUCAAAAUUUCAUCCAAGAGGUUAUAUCGAAAAAUCUCAGCGAAUACAUGACGGACAGGAUCAACAUUGGACUUGAAUUCGAGAAGAAGUUCAACACAUCUGUGCACCGACUUGAGCAAUCGAUCGAUCGCAAACUCAAAAUGACAAAUUCGAUUUCAUCUGGAGAUCGUGGGCGAAAGCGACAUCAUCGUUCACGGUCCAUAUCAAAAUCAAGAUCCGAUUCAACCAAAUCAACGAGACGACGAACCAAUGAUGAUUCAUACAAUCGAUCAAGACGUGAUGGUCCGAAUCGUAACUGGACCCAACCAAUCGUUAGGAUGAUUGCCAACAAGAACACCAUUGACGGAUCGGACCUCAAUUGCGUUUACUGUCAUGGUCCUCAUUUCUCGGACAAGUGUUUCGUAAUUACCGACGCCACCGAACGAUGGAAACAUCUGAAGCGAACGCGACGAUGCCACAGAUGCGUCAACGUCAUCCAUAAAGGGGCUUGCAGUCAUCGCUGCUUCUAUUGCACAAAAACAGGAUACGAUGAUAAAGCGACGACCCAUCAUUCAUCGACGUGCCUUUUGCCGACACAACUGAUGUUCGAGAAGUAG